AGUAAGUUUUUACUAUUGAGUAGAAACGAAAAAAAAUUAUAACUCUAACUUAAGUUCACAUAAACUUCCUAUAAACGUAUUCAGUAUUUUGAAGUUCGAAUAAAGUUAUAAACAACAAAAUGAUUUUUACAAAAUUACUCAGUUUAUUUUUUGUAAACUUCUGCAUGGCAAAUUAUUUCAAAAAUAUGCAAUGUAAUUUUUCAGUGUAUUUUUUAAAUUAUUUCAAUCAUAAUAAACAUUUUUUGCAAGAACUGAGUGUAAACAAAAAUAAUUACAAUGAAUUUGAUGUAAUAACAUAUGGUGCUGCUGUACAGACUCACGGUGAAAUUGUUAUGGUCAUGUUAGAUGUUUUAAGAAAAUUCAAUUCAAGAAAUUAUUCAAGAGAGUUAAUGACAAUCAAUUUAUAUUUGAAUAACGUUUCAAAUACUCUUGACAUGAUUGGUAAAAAUGAUGAUGGCACAUUUGAUUAUUCAGACAACACAUCAAACCUAAUAAAAGGAUACACGAUAAUGCAUCUAUAUAUUGAAGAACAAUUAGAAAAAUUUAUUAAAAAAAUGUGUUCUAAUGAACCUUUAGAUGAAGAGUUUGUUAAAUUUCCAUAUUAUAAUACAUGUGAAGACUUGCACCCAAAGAACCUACAAUAUAUAACAGAAAAACUUAAAAAUAGAAUAUUCGACAAGAAUUUGCAUACUAAUAUAGAACGGAAGAAUAGAAAAUUAAAUAAUAAUUAUGUACUGAAUGAAUUAAUAUCAGCCAUUAAUCGAUGCAAAUACGAAGAAUUUCAUCCAAAAAAUUUACUGUUUUACGAUUUAAUGACAAACCAACAUGACUUUAUUGAGAACGGUGUUAAUCAAAUAAAAAAAUAUCGAAUAAUAAAAGAUGGACAACCGGAACAUAUUUUAGAUCUGCUCCGAUUUGCCCCUUUAAUUGAAAAAUGCUCUGAUGGAAGUACUUUAACAGUUUUGGAUGUGUUUCGAUACGUAAAAUACAGUUUUGAAAGACUAAAUAUUAAAUGUUUUGAAAUGUUAGUACAAAUUGCAGCAUUACAUCCUAUAAUAACAUUUAUACAAUAUUACAAUUCAAUAUUUGUUAACUCAACUGAUGUUAUUGGAUUUAGAGAUCAUCAUGAAAAAGCCCAAAUUUUUUAUAGAAAUAUGAUUAAUUUAGGCUACACAUUAAUUAUACAUUUAGAGGAAUUUAUGGAUUUGAAAAUGUUUGCAGAUUUUUUCAUAAACGACAUAAAAGAUAUACUAUCAGUGGUUGAAAGUUUAAUGAUUCAGUUUAAGCAAGAAACUAUAUCGCAAUUCAACGAAAUGAGCGAAUUACUGACCAAAAAAACAACAAAAAUGUUGAAAGUUAAUAAAUUGGAUUACAGUUUUGAGAUAGUAAAAUUAGACGAAAAUAACAUAGAAAUCUUUUACGACAAAUUAAUUAAAAAUUUUGAUCAAAUAAAAGCAUAUACAGUAGAAUUAGAAAAACAUAAGAACUCGUUUUUUGUUGUCAAUAAUACAAUGACUAAAAAAUUCUUUGCAUUUCAUAACAGCACUCACUUUUUAAAAUCUAAAAUUAUAGAUCGUAUGUGUGAAGACAAUAUUUAUAUUUCAUUAAAUAAAAUAAACUCGAACUAUAGUGAUGAGAACUUUAAUGAUGCAAUUGAUAGCUAUGACUUAAGUAAGAUAAAUAAUGAAAUAAAAACUGUCGAAAGUCAACAUGAUGAUGAAUUUGAAAAUGAAGAAAAUAAAUUAGAUAACUCAAAACAUUUUCCAGAUUAUAUGAUUGAUUAUUUACUUUUUAGAUGAAUCUAUUAAUUAAUUAUGACUCAGAAAUUUUUGAUAAAUUUAAUAUUAAUAAGACUAUUGUAAUCAGCUAAAUUUACUAAAUUAAUAAUCUGAAUAAAGACGAUAAAGCAAUAUAUUAAAUACAAUUAAAUAUCAAUCUUUAUCAUUGAUUAGUUCGUGCUUAUUAAUAGACACUUUGAAUGGACAUUCCAGAUAGCUCAGCUGUUUCAGUGUCUAAUUAAAUAGUCUUACCUUAAUAAAAAGGACUAUAAUUAUGUUCUAGCUGUAUCUACUCGUUUUUAUUGAACCCUCGGACUCCACGAUCUCGAUAGAAUGUAUUCAUACAUAACAACCCAAUAAGUCAUUACAGUAGUUUUGAUUUUUUUGACGUUAUAAAUUGAUGCUCUAAAGAUCUUCUUCUUUUUCUUCCUCGCCUUAAUCCCAAAUACUUGGGGUCGACCACCGCCUAAGUUUUGUUCAGGAUUCCUCAUACUUUUUUGAUAAUAAUUUUUACGCCUGCUGUCGACCUGACGCAACCUUAUUAGUCGCCUCUAACGACUGGCAGAGGGGCCAUGGAGGUAUUCUUAGCCCCAAUCCACAGGGAAAAUGAUGCUUUAAGGUAAUUUCAAAAAAAAUUUAAAGAAAGGUGUUUAUUGAACUUGACCCUUUUUUUUUCAUGUAUAAAUAGCACAUUCAAAUAUAUAAUUCUCUACAUAUAUCAAUACAUAUAAUAAUACAUAUUAGGACGGAACCAUUAAUUUCGAAAACCGGAGCUUAUAAGUUUUUAAUACUUGAAAUGUAUAUAUUUCAAACGAAACGUCGAACAUCCAGUCAAAGUCAAAGUGGCUAUUAUUAAAUCAUGGACUAAUCAAUAGUAAAUUAAUUUUAAAAUUGUAUUUAAUUUAUUGCUUUUUCGUUCUUUACUAAUAAAACUAAAAGCCAAAUUAAUUAAAUCUUUUAACAAUCUUAAAAUGCAAACAGUUUGUCUAUAAGAAAAAUUAUAAGAACUUAAUUGUUUUAAAAUGUUUUU